GGACUGGUAGUACCAGUGCGGAAGUCCCGCCGAAGCGUAGCCGUAGUCAGCAGAGCGGGUUGGUAACUGCAGGCGGGACAGCAACAGGGAGACGCUCUGUCAACACCCAAGAUCCGUUUCCCUGUUUUCAGUUCCCAUAUUUUCCGUGUUUAUAAGUGAGAGGGAAGAGUUCCGUGUUCUAGUUUAGUCCGUCCCGCCGCAGUUCGACCCUCGCCAAGAUGAUUCCUGUGAAGCAUGUCCUGGUGAUCCUCAUGGCGGUCUGGAGCUGUUGUGCAACUUUGGACCUACAGAGUUAUGAAGAGCGGGUCAGCGAGCAGCUCUCAGGCAGCCCGGGUCCCCGGUCCAGCUGGGAACGGUACGAGGCAGCAGUGCAGAUUCUACAGGCAGAGGCCAACAGGACUGGCACAGUAGAGCAGCUGCAGGCUUCCGUACAGACCCAGACCACUGGUGCUCAGCUGAACUGCCCACUGAAAAAUUCCCACACUGUCCCUACCUCAGUCCACAGCCUGCGUCCGGAAGAUGUGAAGGUGGUCGCGGCGAUUGGAGAUUCCCUCACGGCAGCCAAUGGUGCGAAGGCGCUGACUGUUCUCGGCCUCCUGACUAACUACAGGGGAGUGGCAUGGAGUAUUGGUGGUGAGAAGACCCUGGACAGCUACACAACUCUGCCAAAUAUCCUGAAGAAGUUUAACCCUGAGAUCAUCGGUUUUGCGACCGGAAGUGGCGGUGCUGACAGCCGCAACGCUCACCUGGACCAGGCGGUUGCUGGCGCGGUCUCCGAGGACAUGGUUGGACAGGCUCGCAAGCUGAUAGAUCUGAUCAAGGCUGGUGAGCACAUUGACUUUGAAAAUGACUGGAAGCUGGUGACCAUGCUGAUCGGUGGGAAUGACCUUUGUGACUACUGCGAGGACAAGGAAAAACGGAGUCCUUUGAAGUAUUACGAACACAUAAAAGCAGCACUAGACCUUCUUCAUCAGGAGUUGCCGAGGACGUUUGUAAACGUGGUGACUGUGAUGGAUGUGGUAGAGAUCGGCAAGCUCCAUCGAACAUUCACCUGCGACGUGCUGCACUUUUUCUUGUGCCGCUGCGUGAGUUAUGCCAGUGAGGAGGACCUAGUCGAGCUUCAGGCAGCCAACAUGCGCUACAUGUCCUUGACCAAUCGGCUGGUAAACAGUGGUCGCUAUGACGACCGUGAUGACUUCACUGUGGUGGUCCAACCCUUCCUGGAAGAGACCAAGUUGCCCAGAACAGAGGGUGGAGACUAUGACCGGUCGUACUUUGCUCCUGACUGUUUCCACUUCAGCCUGAAGGCUCACGCUGCAGCUGCAAAAGCACUAUGGAACAACAUGCUGGAGCCUGUUGGAUCCAAGAGGACCGACUGGCAUGUAGGAGAACCCUUCGAGUGUCCUACUGAGGAGCGUCCUUACUUUGGGACAGCCAAGAACAGCAGGACCUCCCUGGGCGGUGCCAACCCAAGUGUUGGGGUGGAGACGUUCAACUCCUACUUUAAAGAUUUCACGUCUCAGGACGUCAGCAAACCUACAUCAGGCUCCGCCGCGCUGGUCGUGGUUGGCUGCCUGCUCCUGGUCUGUGCCGUUGUUGCCAGUGUUUUUGUGCUUCGCAGACGUAGAAAGGUCAAGGGUCAGGUCAAGGGUCAGGAAACAGCACCUCUUCUUAGCGAGUCUAACGACAUGGCUGCUACUUUGGUGAUGUCUUAAGCUGCGCUGGGGCCUAAAGACACUGCUGCCGCACUGAUUGUGUUUUAUGGCUUGUUCACACCGGUGUGUGUAUUCAAGUCCAUAUGAGUUGAAUAUCUGGUACAUUUUUUGGCUUUCGUAAAGUUUGCAGGAAAGAAGUUAUUUCUACUUUGACUCAAAGUAAUCUGCAGUAAUCGAACCAAACAAAGUGCUUCUCUGGCUGCAAACUUUACUUUGGCCAAAAAAAAUGUCCUCGAAACUCACAUGGACUUAGAUAUACAAAUAUAAACGGGCUUCCUGUAGGAGUCAAGACAUGGCUUGUACUCUUGUCUUACAUGUAGGUGUGAUUGGAGUCUAAUUUGUUGGUUUUUAGAUUUAAAGUAAAUAAUUCUGCUCUAGAAGAUCAAGAUGAAAAUAGACCCUGAAGGAAAGACUGAAUCUUCAGGGAGGGAAUAUAUAGUCGGAUUCAAGUUUCCCUCCAGCCCUGUUUUCAUUUAGAUCUUUUGCUAUGCUUCUGAGCCUCCUUACCAUUUGUUAGACUCAAAAAUGCCUAAUAACCAUACAUAUGUAUAAUUGUAGAGGCCUAACAGGCUUUAUGUGAGGAAACUAAAAUGCUGCAAUGUGUAAUUCCCACACUGAACAGGGUUGUCUGUGUGGAUAAGGUCAAUGACAUAUCAUACUGCUGGUUUUUAUACUAACAAAUAUGCAAAUACUGAUCAUUAUAUUGUGAUGUACAAUACUGAAUAGGGAAUUGUGAUGAUUUUAUUAAUGUAUCUGCGUCGCAUUAAGCAGAAACUUCUCAGGAAUCUUGAAAGACCACAUUUUGCCAAUAUUUGUUAAGUGUUUAUGACAUGUAAUAAUUCCAUGUCCUAUAUUUUACUCCAGACUGUUGCAUUACAACAGGGUAGGUUUGCUGCUUGUAGAGUGUUGUUGUUGCACUAUAUGUUGGAUAGUUAAAUAGUGCAGAGUCUAUGCUUUUAGCUUGCCACUUGCUUUUAGUAUUCAGUUUUUUUCUUGACUUUUACAUUUUUUUGUGCAAUUCACCAAGAUUACUACAUAGCUUGUUAGGAUUUGAUGAUGUAAUGUUAGUUAGGAUUGUAAUGUCUCUUUUGUAAUAAGGCAACAUUAACCAUGAAAGGUUUGUGGAUUCUAUCAGUUUUUAAUGUGUGGUACUUUACAGAUUUUGGUGAUUAUUUUUAAUAAUGUUGUCAAGAUUGUCAUUUUCAUGCAUAUUCACCAUGAAUUGCUGCCUUUUGAUGUACAUGUAUUUGAAGCAUUAAUUGCAGCCUUACCAAGAAUUAACAAACCAAUCCAGAGUUUUGGGAAGUACAGGUUUAUCCUGUCACAUAUCAUUGGUUAAUUCUAAGUAAUUCUAAUGUGUUGUAACAAAUACAGGGUUAAUGUGUACCAAUUAUAGUGACACACUAAAGAAAUAUGCCAAUGAACUAUGUAGUGUCUGUUAACAUUUGAAUUGACAUAACGCACAAUGUAUUUGUAAUGAUUUUUAGCCAUAUUUGUGUGGCAAAUGUUAAGAGGAUGUUUAUAUUCAGGAAUCUAAUGUUGAAGGGAGAAAUUGUACAGAUCUGCCUCAGAGAAAUUAUUUAUGAAUACAGUGGUAUUAACAUUGACUUGUUAUACAAGUUGACCUGAAAUAUUUGUCUAUAUAUAUCACAAUUAAGUAUAUAAAGAACAUUUUGGAAGCAAAUUUUUAGACUUGAAUAAAAUGCGAGAUUUA